UCCGCCCCGUCCCAUCCCUCCUCCCCCUGCCCCGGCGCCAUGGCGGUGUUCCACGAUGAGGUGGAGAUCGAGGACUUCGAGUACGAUGAGGAGACCGAAACCUACAGCUACCCGUGCCCCUGCGGGGACCGCUUCCUCAUCACGCGGGAGGACCUGGAGAACGGCGAGGACGUGGCCACCUGCCCCAGCUGCUCCCUCAUCCUGCGCGUCAUUUACGACCAGGUUAACACGGAGAAAAAUGCUGCCAUUCUGUUUCUCCCUGUUAGUGGUGAGACCUCAUCGAACAGGACAAACCCCAAACUAUGGCCAACACCGACUGCACCAACUGGGUCUAGCUUUAAAAACUCCAUCCUGCAUAUUGAACUUGCAAACUGCUCUGAUACAAAAGGCAGGGUCUCACCAAAGCAAAAGUGCAUGAGUUGCAGCUCGGUUGGUACAUUAAGAAGAGGAAUGAUGGAUAUUUCACCAGUCACUGAUCAUUGUUUCCAUUUUCAUCUGGAUGGAGAAAAGGAUACUCUCACGACUUGUCAUUAUCAGGCAGAAGAAUCUAGAGGUGAUUAAGAAAAGUGAAGAGCUGAUGUAGUCCUUUUACUGCCAGGCAGUUUCCAACCAGGAACAUUCAGUACAGCUAUAAGCACCUAUAUUUUGCACCAUAAUACUACAACGCCUUGUUGCUAGUACUGUGGUUAUAGCAAGAAAAUAAAGCUGUUGUGGAAUCUUAAUUGGAAAAGAAUUGAAAAUAACUGUACUUGAAUACAUAACCUAGGUGGCGAGUGUUUAGUUGCCAUGGAGAUUAGCAAAGACUUGCAAUAUAGAUAUCUAAUCUUCAGAAAAAUGUGAAAGGGUACUGGUGUACAGAAAUAUCUUCCCUGUAAUUUGGAGCAGUUUCAUGGACUGUCCAUCAUAAAUUGGCAUUUCAAAAAGUCAGAGCUGUGACUCAUAUGAGACAUAGUGAUUUAAUCCAAUUUGUGAAAAAUAAGGAAUCGUGACAACCAGCAAUGAACAGGAGAGCAAUUCUGACACGGCAAAGGCACUGCUGGUGGGGACUCCCACCCACCUUCAGGAAAACAUCUCGCCAAGACUCAGCUCCCAACAGCACUGAAGUGGAAGCUAUGGUUUUGCAAUCAAACUUAAAACCUUUUUAGAGAGCUUGUGAGUUUCUGUUUUCCUGGAUGUGUUUGACACUCAAGCCCAAGAGAGGAAAACAGACUUUUUCACAGACAGAACCCCAUCACAAAAAUCAUAAUGGCAGACUUGAUUUGGGUCCACUGAACCAGGAGCUGAACGGCAGCUGGACCAACUGAUAGCAGCAAAAAGCCCUCUGAGGUUUUACUGUGGAAAAACAACUUCCUAGUACUGGACAAGUUAUUAGGCCCUUUCACCUAGAGAUCCGGACUGUUUCCAAACUGAUACUCAAAGUAAAUGAGUGAAAAAAAACAGUAGGCGAAACAAGGUACCUGAUUCAUCCAUCAGGGCAUGUUUUACUGUGGGAUCAGCAGCAGUGCUGGAAGAGACACAGUUUUAUGCAUCUACUUUCUGAAAAUUAGGAUAAACAUUCCCCUGAAAGGCAUGCAAAGAGAUGUGGGUUAUGUUAGAAGCUGGAGUUGGGUGAGAGAGGUCUGAAGUACCGCUUUCCAGGUGAGAAAGCUGGAUGCUGGGCUCUGAAGGCACAGCAGAGCCCACAGGCUCUGGUUUAUUUCUAGCACAGCUCUGUAUUCUUCACAUAAGAAGAAACUGUAGUUGUGCUGCUCAUUGUUCCAAUGCAAAGUACAACAGCCCUCUUUAUGUGAUUUUCUAAGGAACAGCAGUGAAGUAUAUCUUAAUGCAUUUACCUUACAUCUUCCACUAUGGUUUAAGGGUAAACCUGAAGUAUGCAAAUGUGAAUUUUGGCCAGCCUUAUUUUAUAGUAUCUGGAAUUGCUUUACAAUUAGCAGGCGUAGCUUCUGGUGUGAAGAACUUCACAUCUAAUGUCAAGUUUAAUGAGACUGAGUCUGUGGAGCUAACUCACUGAAAUGUCUCUAACUGGUUGCUUUCUCUCUGACUAAAUAAUAACAGACAUUAUUAGAAACAACAUGAGUCAAACAGAAUAGAGUAAUCGACAAUUUAAUUCAUUACUGGUUUGCUCUCAUUUUACACCAGUAUAAAACUGGACUGACAGAGUUGUGAGCCAGGCCCGCAGAGUAAAUUACACUUAAAAAAUAUUGUUGUGGUUUGUGUGUUGUGCCAUAAAGGACAGGACAGGCUUAGAGGCAGACCUCUGCUGCAGGUUUAUGAUCUGGAUUUAGAUCUGAACAACUGCAAAACCUCAGAUGUUCAGAUCUAUGUUUUCAGUCUGGGCUCUACAAGCUGUGGUGUUGAUAGCUCUUUAGGCUGUAACUAGUCAGACAGGAAAAUGCAUCCAACAGCUCUGAGGCCAUGGCUUAAAUCUUACCAAGAUUAGUACUAACUAAGCCUGUCUCUUGUUGUAUGGCCCUUCAACUGCCAAAAUAAAACUGUUUUUUGGCUGACAUCACAGGCAGUAAAACAGGAAUCAUCAUUCCUCCUUUGAACAUUACAUGGUUCAAAGAGCUGCCAGUGAAGCAUUGUGAAAAAUAACUGAAAUAGUAUUAGCAUUUCAUUAUGCAAUGGAAUUACCCAAAUUAACACUGAACCUAGCCAGCAAGUGUAGAAAACAGUUUCAUUUCUCCUUCUUUAAGAUUGUCCCCUUAAAUUAGAGCCACCAGCUCUCUUUAAACAUGUGAA